GGUGCCCGCGGUGCCCAAUAGCCGCCCGUGCCCGGGGAUAAAGCAGCCGGCAGCCGUGGCGCCGUGCUCCCUCCCGCUGGCCGGGCCCGCCGGAGCCGCUGCUCGCCGCUAUGGGUCGCCCCCCGCCGCCUCCCGUGCUCCUCGCCCUCCUCAGCAUCCUCCUGCCGCUGGCCGGGAGCAACGCCGGGACCCGCCACGCCCUGCCCACUAGCCCCACGUGUGCAGCCUCACGCCAGGCCACCUGCGGUGCUGCCUGCAUCCCUGUUCCCUGGCUCUGCGAUGGCGAACGGCAGUGUCCUGAUGGGACGGAUGAGCAGUGCGAUGUCGCCUGUGGUGGGGACCCUCACGUUUGGCAGUGUGACGAUGGCCGGUGUGUUUCUAGCAGCUGGCGUUGCGAUGGUGCUGCUGACUGCCCGGAUGGCUCUGAUGAGCAGGACUGUGUGUGCGAGGCGAAGAAGGUGCAGUGUCCUGGCACCCAUCACUGCAUCCCACACUGGGAGCUGUGCGAUCGGCACCAGGACUGCGAGGACGGCUGGGACGAGGAGGGGUGUCCCCAGCAGCCCUGUCUGCCUGGGCAAUGGCAGUGCAGGAACAGGGUGUGCAUCAUGGCUGAAUGGAAGUGCAAUGGGGUUGAUGAUUGUGGUGAUUCCUCGGAUGAAGAUGUCUGUGCCCCCUGCCCACCUGGCAUGGUGCGGUGUGAUGAGGGGAAAUGUAUCCUGGAGUCCCUGAUGUGCAAUGACGAGGACGACUGCCUGGAUGGCACCGAUGAGCCCAGCACAUGUGGUCGGAGCUGCUUUGUGCGCAACGGGGGCUGCACAGAGACGUGCACUGACACACACUGGGGAGUGCAGUGCUCCUGCGGGGCUGGCUGGGUGCUGCAGGCAGAUGGGCAGAGCUGUGCUGAUGUGGAUGAGUGCUCCUUGGAGUACAGCCCCUGCAGCCAGCUUUGCAGCAACACCCCAGGUGCUUUCAGCUGCAGCUGUCUCCAGGGCUACACCCUGCGACACGGCACCACCUGUGAAGUGGCAGACAACGCUACACAGAUCCUGGUAGCCGUGGGGCACGACCUGGCUCUUCUAGAUGUGCGGACCCAAGCCUACCGGCCCCUACUCUCCACUGGGACUGAACCCCAUGCCCUGGUGUAUGACCUGCUCCGGGAAACCUACUACUGGCUGACAGAGGAUGGCGAGCUUCGUGCUCGCCUCCCAGGGAAGGGCACACGGCCACUCUAUGCAGACGCUGGGGAGGUGAACAGCAUCUCCGUGGACUGGUUUACAGGGCAGCUGUACUGGGCCAGCAGCCACCCUACAGCCAUCUGCGUGGGGCUGAGCGAUGGCCGGGGCUAUGUGACAGUGCUGGGGAAAGAUGUGGCACCAGAGCAGCUGACAGUGCAUCCAGCAGCAAGGUCGCUGUACUGGGUCAACCGUGGGCAGAGGGGCCGGACGGUCAUCGCAGCAGCCGGCAUGGAUGGCUCAAACCGGCGUGAGCUUACUGUAGUGUCCAUGGAGGGGCCUGUGGGGCUGAGCCUGGAUCAUGUGGCUGGCAGGCUGUACUGGAUCAGCGAGUACAAGGAGUCCAUCGAGACACUGCGGGUGGAUGGCAGCGGGCGCCACUCCUUUCCUGCUGUCCUGCGGAGCCAUACAGAGCCACUGGGUCUGGCUGUGUUCGAGAGCCGAUUCUUCUGGACUGAUGGCACAGAGCUGGUGAUGGCCACCCGGACCUCUCCCCAGGAGCAUGCAGUGCUGCUCCAUGCCCCUGUCUCGGCUUUCACUGUGCUGCACGAGCUGCAGCAGCCUCCCCGAGAUACUGCUGCAUGUGCUCCAGGCCUGUGCAGUCACCUUUGCCUCCUGUCCCCUGUACAUCCUCGGGGCUAUAAGUGUGCGUGUCCAGAAGGCCUCUUCCUCCUCCCAUCAGGGAAGUGUGCAGAGCUGUCUAUCGUGUAUGCAUCGGGAAAGGUCAUCUACCUGGUGCAGGUGGGCCCUGGAGCACACAGCAAACGGGUGCAGGAGUGGCAGGAGCCCCUCCAUCUGCAAGAUGUGGACUGGCAGAGGUCAGUGCUUUAUGGGACAGAUGACCGUGGGAUGCUGCUGCGUGUUGUGGGGCAUCCUGGCAGGAGAGAGGCCAUCAGGACUGCGCUGCCAGUCUGCUCUGCCCGUGUGGACAUCAGCUCGGGGAACCUGUACUGGCUUGCAUGUAACCGGAGGGACAUCGGGGUGAUCCAGGUAUCUGACAUGUCCUCGAGCAUCCUGCACCGUGCUCGCAGCAGCAUCCAGCAUCUCUUCCUGGACUGGCAGCGGGGCACUCUGUACUGGCUGGCUCGUGGGCAGCCCUUGCAACAGCUGAGCCUGUCUGGGGGUGCUCCAUGGGAUGCUUGGAAUGAGACGUGGCCUGGAGACCUGCCUGCGGCCAUGGACAGCAGAGCCUUCAGCCUGCUCUGGAGCUCAGCCCAGGGCUUGCGGGCGCUGAGUCUGACCAAGCGGCAAGCAGUCACCCUGGCACCCAGCUGGUCCCAUGGCCUUCUGGCCGCCUUUGAGCCAUACCUGCUGUCAGCAAAUGGGACGGCUCUGCUGCUGUGGGACCGGAGGACGCUCACCCCUGUGCUGUCCGUGCCAGCAGCAGAUGUACAAGAAGUGGUGGCCUUCGUGGGCUCAGAGCCAGAGGCUGUGCCACCAAGCAAGGGGUCUGCCCCGCCGUUCCCUCCACCUGUGACCAUCACUACAAGGCCAACCACAAGCACUACUGCUGCUCGGCCCACCACCUCCACCACGAGACCUACACAAAGCAAGACCACCACUCUGCUCACCACUACUGCUGCACCAACCAGCAAGGCUACCACAACGCCAACCACCACCACUCAGUCCACAUCAACCAAGAUCACCUUUGUGCCAACCACUGUCCAGACCACACCAACUAAGACCAUCACUGUGCAGCCAGCUACCACUACCACCACCACCACCACUCAGUCCUUGACAACCAAGACCACUACCCCACAGCCAACUACUACCACCCGGCACCCAACCAGCUCUGCACGGGAAGUGCCACCUACCUCACCCCUCCUGUCCAGCCCUGCACGCCCCCUGACUCCAGUCAUCCAUCUGUCCUGUCCUCGCACAUACAUGGCCUGCCAUGAUGGCACUGAGUGCGUGGCCCAGGAAUACAUGUGUGAUGGGGAGAAGGAUUGUGCAGACGGCUCUGAUGAGGAUGGGUGUGACCAGCUCUGCAACACUCCAGGGGCCUUCCACUGUGUGACUGGAGCCAUGUGCAUCAGGGCAGGGGAGCGCUGCGAUGGGGUGCCGCAGUGCCGUGAUGCCUCUGAUGAGACAGGCUGCUGGACCCCCACACAGGAGUGCGCUCUGCGCUGUGAUAAUGCCACCCGCUGCGUCCCGAAGAGCUGGCUGUGUGAUGGCCAUGCCGACUGCCUGGACCACACUGACGAGCAGGGCUGUGUGCUGAAGGAGUGUGGCCCAGCGGAGUUCUCCUGCCAGAACGGGCAGUGCGUGGCCCUGGCCCUGCGCUGCGAUGGUGACCAUGACUGCCGGGACGGCUCCGAUGAGGAAGGCUGCACCAUUCCCCAUCCACUGCUGUGCCGCACAGGCGAGGUGGCAUGUCCCCACAGCGGGGAGUGUGUACCAGAGGUGUGGCGCUGCGAUGGUGUUUCUGACUGUGGGGACAACACAGAUGAGCAGGGCUGUUCCUGGGAGGAAGGGCUGUGUCAGGACCGUCAGUGGAGCUGUUCCCAUGGCCAUGAGUGCAUCCCUGAUGUCUGGCGCUGUGAUGGAGAGAGUGACUGCACUGAUGGCAGUGACGAGGCUGGCUGCCAGCCUGCUCCCUGUCUGAGUCACGAGUACCCAUGUGGGCUGAGGUCCUGCCUGAAUGCAUCCCUGGUGUGCGAUGGACGGCAGGACUGCGUGGACGGCUUGGACGAGGCAGGGAACUGCUCUGUACCCUGCCAGCUGUCCUGUGCUCAUCACUGCUACUCCUCACCCCAGGGCCCUCGGUGCUGGUGUGACCUGGGCUAUCAGCUGGCUGAGGAUGGUCUGUCUUGUGUGGACAUAGAUGAGUGCGUGGAGCAGGGUGAGGGACCCUGCAGCCAGACGUGCCUCAAUGCCCCAGGGUCCUACAGCUGUGGCUGUCUCCCUGGCUACCUCCUGGAGCCUGAUGGCCACGUCUGUAAACUCACUGGACCAGAGCCCACGUUGCUGGUGGCUGUGCAGUCAGAGGUGUUGUCCUAUGGCCUGCGGAGUGGGCAUGAGGAGGUGCUGCUGGUCACUGACAAAGAUCGUGUUGUCUUCUCACUUGACUAUGACCUUGUGGAGAGGAAAGUCUUCUGGAUGGACCUGGCCACAGACAGCAUCCGCUGGCAGGACUUUGAUUCAGACAAGAAGGGCACACUGGUCAAAGGUGGUGUGAGAUCUGACUGUAUAGCAGUGGAUUGGCUUGGGAGGAACCUGUACUGGACAGAUGGGGCAGCAGGGCAGGUGCUGGCCACUCGUCUGGGGGCUGCCUGGCGAGGGAUACCAGAGUAUACUGUGGUGAUGGAUGGGGACCUGGACCGGCCCCACUCCCUGGUGCUCCAGCCUCUGGCAGGGCUGCUGUACUGGUCAGAGGUGGGGAGCCAUCCACGGCUGAUGGAGGCUACCAUGGAUGGGAGUCGGCGGCACGUGCUACUGGCCCAGGGGCUGGGCUGGCCCACAGCACUGGCCCUCGACCUCCCCACAUGGAGAAUCUUUUGGCUGGAUGAGAAGCUAGGCAGCAUCGGUUCUGCACGUCUGGAUGGCACCAGUGUAAAGGUUCUGCAGCUGGUCUGGGUCCAGAGCCCCUUCGCGAUGGCUGUGUGCGAGGGGCAGCUCUACUGGUCGGAGAAGAAGGCAUGGUCCGUGCAGCAGGUGGACAAAGCCAGUGGCAAGAACAGGACCGUGCUGAUCAAGCGACAUGGGCAGCCCCACGGCCUCCAGGUGGUGCACCCAGCCCUGCGCCCCGUGGUCCCAAACCCGUGUGUGACACGUGGCUGCUCCCACCUGUGCCUGCUAAGCAGUAGGCACACUGGGCAGUGUCGGUGUCCUGCUGGACUAACACUGGCUGCCGAUGAGACCACAUGUCUCCCCCUCCGUGAUUCAGCCUUUGCCCUCCUAGUGUCUCCGGCAGCUGUGAUGCAGGUCUACCUGAAGGACCUGUCUGCAACGGCUGGAUCCCAAGACCUUCCUCCCCACCAAGCCCUGCCCUUGGCCAAGGUGGGCCGCCUGACAGCCAUUGACUACGCAGUGAAAGACAAGAGCCUGUACUUUGCAGAGGCAGGAAGUGACUCCAUCAGGCUGCUGCGCCUGAAAGACUGGGGACGGCUGUCCUGGAAGCAGGCAGUGGCUGUGGAGGGCACAGUGACAUCCCUGGCCCUGGACUGGCUAAGCGGGAACCUGUACUGGAUCAGCGGGCAGCCACCCAGCAUCUACAUAGCAGCUCCUGGGGGGCAGUGGUCCCUGGCACUGCUCAGCAAGGGGCUACAGGGUGCUGCCUGCCUCGCACUCUGCCCUCGUGCCUCUACCAUGUGCUUUGUCGUGGCCAGCAGCCAUGGGCCUGGUGCUGUGGUGGAGUGCGUGGCCAUGGAUGGCACCGGCCGCAGAGUGCUCUGGAGGAAAGCCCGGGCUCCCACUGGCCUCGCCUUCGGGGGUGCUGGCACCCGGCUGUACUGGGCAGACCGUGAGAGAGGCACCAUCAGCAGUAUUGAGCUGGAUGGAUCCCACUUCCGAGUGGUGCGGGAAGGGCUGCAUGGACUCUCAGUCUUUGCUGUUGGAGAAGGCUUUCUGCUCUGGAGUGUGACCUCAACCAACGGCUCCAGCAAGAUCUGGCACAGCCGUCUGGAGCGGGCCGAGAGCUGGUGGUUCCCAGUGGAGCAGGAGUUGGUAGCCAUGAGGAUUUAUAGCCACUUCUCACAGGAAGGCACCAACGGAUGCACAAAGAGCAAUGGGGGCUGUGCUCAGCUAUGCCUGCCCAACCCUGCAGGGCGGCAGUGCCGCUGCUCCCCUGGCUAUCACCUGGUGCGUGAGGUGGCAUGUGUGCUGGCAGCGCCCUGCCGGUCCCCGCUGCAGGCCUGCGCUGACCUCCAGAGCUGCAUCUCUGCAGAGCAGGUUUGCGAUGGACACCCCGACUGCGCUGAUGGCUCCGAUGAGUUUGACUGCCUCUCUGUGCAAGUGGGGACGCAGAUCCCUGCAGUGGCACCAUCAGGAACGUCCCAUGUGGAAGAACAGAAACCUGCCUCGCCCACAGCUGCGCCCAAGCCUCGGCAGCCUGGCCCCAGCCUGCCCGCAGCCCCUGCCCCCCCGAAGCAUGGAGAGCCCGCCCUGGUAACCCCCAGUACUGAGGAGGUGCUGGGGGCCGUGCCAUGCAGCAGUGAGACCUGUAACUUGCGUGGGGACUGUGCCAUUGAGGCUGGGCGAGUGACAUGCCACUGCGCCCUGGGCUACCGUGGUGACUACUGCGAGGAGGCAGAGGUGCAGCCCGUAGCAGGACCCAUUGCCCUGGGGGUGGCCGUGCUCCUGCUGCUCGCUGCCGCUGCUGUGGGGGCUCUGGCGUACAUGCGGAGGCGGGACAGGCGGAGGAGGACAUCAAGCACUGCCUCCACCCGGGUGCUGACCUUGUACCAUCGUGAAAGUGACCCUGAAGAAGAGGAUGAAGAGGAGGAAGAGCUUCCCCCCAAGAGUGAUACAUUUGUGAAUGAAGCUUAUGAUGGGAAAGAGGUGAGGAGCAUCUGGAGCAGGCCCUGCUAGUGGACCCCUCUGCCACCCAGGGCUCCCCCUGCCCCCAAAAUGCAUAUCCCUCUCUACGCUCGGCACUGUCAUGGCACCCACUUUUGAGGCGAGCUCUGCCCUCCUGGUGGGAAGAGGCACAAGACCUGGGGGUGCCUGAAGUCUGGCUGGUACAGGGGCUGUCCCCCUCUACCUGUGCCAAGGUAGACCCAUGGAGGAUGGCUCAGACUCAUCCCUGAUGACCCUGUCUGUAAUCUCUGCAGGAGCUGCCAGGCCCGCUGAGGAAGGGAUCGUC